AAACAGAAUUAAGAGAAUAAAGACGCCGCUGUUCCUCUGUAACACUAUGCGCGUGUUUCUGCACCGCUCGCGGGAUUUAGGCCGUAAACAGCGAGGAGAAGGAGGACAAGAGAAGCCGUGAAGCUCACACACACACACACCGCCGGGCUGCAUAACGGUGCAGUGCCGAGCACACACAAUGGCCUGGAUCUGUAAGAGGAAGUGGGUGGUAGCGAGCAGCCUGGUGUUGGCCAUUUCUCUGUUCGUGGUGUUGGAGAAUUACUUGGAGAAGCCGUACUUCCGGCUACAGCCCAUACUCGGACAGUGUUUCCGCCUGCGGUGGAUGUUGUGGCAGCACAAAGUGCCACAGCCUCAUCUGGGCUACAUAAGCAUUCCCAAGAAAGAGCCUCUGAGGCUGAGCUGUGACGUGUGCAGCGUGGUGUCGAGCUCGGGGCAGGUGCUGGGUCGCGGCGCGGGCGCUGAGAUCGAUCGAGCCUCUUGCGUCUGGCGGAUGAACAACGCCCCAACGCGGAGGUACGAGAAGGACGUGGGCAACCGCACGGACCUCCGGGUGGUCUCGCACACCAGUGUGCCGCUCCUGCUGCACAAACCGCAGCACUUCUUCGGCCCGGCGUCCAACGGCACCGUGUACGUGGUGUGGGGGCCGCGGCGCAACAUGAGCCCGGACGGGAACGGCCUCAUCUACAACAUGCUGCGGCGCGCGGCCGACGACUUCCCCAACGCUCGCAUCUACGUCACCACCGACGAGCGCAUGGACUACUGCGACAGCGUGUUCAAGAAGGAGACGGGCCGCGACAGGAUCCGGUCAGGGUCGUACCUGAGCACCGGAUGGUUCACCCUCAUCUUAGCCAUGGACAUGUGCAAGGAGAUCCACAUCUACGGGAUGAUCAACCAAACCUACUGCAAAUCUGAAGGCUACAGGAAGGUGCCGUAUCACUACUAUGAAGCCGGAAGUCGUGACGAGUGUGCCGAGUACGUCCUGCACGAGAGCGCCCCCUACGGAGGCCACCGCUUCAUAACAGAGAAGAUGGUUUUCGCCAAGUGGGCCAAGUCACAUCGAAUCAAGUUUUCUCACCCAGAAUGGCAACCGUCAUGACCAACACAGAAUGACGGCGUCUCUUGAGCACCGAUGUCUUUCUGGUCCAAACACUCUCCUGUCUUAAUGCAGAAACAAACAGCCACGAACAGGCCAGAACAAUUGUCUCAACACGUUCCUGAUUACACACUGAUUCUACAGCGUGAUUCUAGACGGGAGGACAGAUUUGUUGGGAUGUUUAUGGUGCUGGGACACCCACAUGUUUUUUUGAAGGACAACAGGACAAUGCCAUAGCUGAAGUAACAGAUCUCAUCACGACAUAAACUGCAUGAAGGUUUUCUGAAAAUCCCCAGACAAAGAAAGGAAAUGAGAUAGCCGGAGACAAAGAGCCAUAUUUGCUUAGUUCCAUACCUUUUUCCCCACUAUUCUCACUACUGGGUCUACCCCCAACCACCACUUAUCCCCAGCUAUUGUACUCCACUUUGGUACAUCACACAAGCAUGUUCAGCAUUAAUCUGGAUAAUCAACAACAGCUCCUCAGGGACCGUGCCGCAAUCCCCAGGUUAAGAACCCCAGAUUUAUAAGAAUUUCCUCGUCUAAGCUCAAAAACACAAGGCAGAGGAUUAUUGUAAUUAAACGAUUAGUAUACAUUUAUCAAUCCUGGGAGUUUUAGAGUAGAUCUAGAGUCACAAAUACAAAUUAAGCCCUUAUUUGUUGUACUGGUAACGAACAAGCGCACAGAUUUACUCUUCUGUACUCUCUGACCACUCUUAGUCCAAAGGUUUCUAAAGGGUUGCUUAAUACAGUGGAACCUUGGACUACGAGCAUAAUUCGUUCCAGAUUAUGUAAAUCAAACACUAGUAAAUUAAAUCGAAUUUUCCCAUAAGAAAUAAUUAAAACUCUUUAUUCGUUUAACAGCCCCCAAGAAUAAAUACCUAAAAAUAAUUAACACAAAAUAUAAAGUAAAAAUAAAACAAGUUAAUCUGCACUUUACCUUUGAAAAGAAUCACGACAUAGCAGUUUCUGUGUUUCUGUGUGUGUCUGUGAAGGCGAAAGUAGGAGGGGUGUGUGUGCGUGUGUGUGUGUGUGGCACAGUGUCCAAUGACGUGCGCACGUACAGACAGAAUACAGACACAAAAUAAAAUCUGUUUUACACACACGUGGUCACAGUGUUAUUGUAAACAGUACACGCGUGCACGGAUGUUGAUUAUACCAGUAAGAGACACUAAGCCCCAGCAGGGGAGAUAAUUACCCACAAUUCCGCAGCGCAAGAGAGAGAAAACCCGGCGUCAAAACAAGAACGCAUG